AGCGGCAAUCAGUCCACAUUCUGCCCAAAAAUCCAAACACACUCACUCGACUGAAUAUUUAGAAAUUAUAAUGUAGUUGUAUUUUACAAGCUCUUUAAUUUUUCAUUUUUGUAUUACUUCUCUUGUUUUAUUGAUAAUGUUAUUUUUCAUACAUGUUUAUAGAUUUGAAAUAUAAUGAGGGUUUUUAUAAAAAAUUUGGUGGGAUUUACAGAAAAAAGUUAACCUACUGCUGCUACGAGAUAGACAUGGAGGAAGCGGAUGCAGUGCAUCACCGAAUUUUGGAGAUGCAGGCGCGGCGGCCUAUUCAUGUCGACCUCGUCGUCAUGUCAGAGGUUGACCGUGAACAGAGUUACGACGACGACAACAAGCACUUGGCAAACCACGGGGGGAGGAGGAAUUUGAGUUCGGAUGCUCAAGCCGUGUUAGCCGUGGGCUCUCCAUCUUCGUCCACUCGGUCAACCGCCACCACUACUCCUCGCAACGACAAGUCCUCCUCACCUGCCAAGAGCAAUGGGGUCAGCACAGGGGGGACGAACGGAGAACACGAAGAGGAGUCCUUCGGCUUCGACAUUGUGUUCUUCAGAAGAUUUUAUCGGCUCCAUGGUCUUCUUUUCCUCUCUUGCACUUCAUUGUCAACACUUCUUUUUGCGUUCCUUAUUUCCAUUUGUCUCCUCCAAGAGUAUAUCGUCUACAGAGUUGGAUUAAUUGCAAGUGGAUUUUAUAAAGUUCUUGCUGAUAGGGACGUCUCUGGAUUUCAAACACAAACGUAUACGUCACUAGGAAUUAUCUUGGCAGUGGCAUUUACCAAAAGUACAAACCAAUACGUCCAAAAAGUACUGACAGUAACGUGGAGACAAUUACUGUGUAAAGCUGUGCAUAGAUUAUACUUUGCGGAUAUACGAUACUAUCAACUGAACGUCUUGGAUAAAUCGAUCGAUAAUCCUGACCAACGAAUGACACAGGAUAUCGACAAGUUUUGCACGACUUAUUGUGAAAUAUUGCCUAAGCUGAUUAUUUCUCCUUUUGUAAUAUCAUAUUAUUGCUAUCAAGCGUAUGACAGGUCAGGCUGGCAAGGACCAUUGGGAUGUUUUUGUUUUUUCUUUGUGUCAACUAUUGUGAAUAAAAUAAUUAUGACGCCAAUCGUUCAGUAUGUUGUGAAACAAGAACAAUGUGAAGGGAAUUUCAGGUUUAUUCAUAUGUUGGUCCGGGUCAACUCUGAAUCAAUUGCAUUCCUAAAUGCUUCCGGAAUCGAAGCCGACAAAACCAACGAGUCCCUCGAUAAAUUGAUCCAAACUCAACAUCGCUUAUAUUUUCGUCAAUUUUUUCUCAACUUUUCUGUUAAUAUGUUUGACUAUCUGGGGUCAAUAUUUAGUUAUUUAAUGCUUGCAAUUCCAAUAUUUUCGGGCCGGUAUGAUGACCUAACACCAGCAGAACUAAGUGCUGUAAUAAGCCAGAAUUCGUUUGUACUGAUAUAUUUGAUAUACACGUUUUCAUCUUUAGUUGAUACGUCGGGAAAGUUUACAGACAUAGCUGGCGUAGUUCAUCGAAUAUCACAAUUAAUCGAAAAACUAAAUGCACUUGGGGAUUUCUGGAAUGACUUGUUCCCAGAUGAUUAUGACCAACGCACUGCUAGUUCUUUGGAAUUAUAUGGAGAAUGGUCAAAUAGACGUAGAGAUGCCGGCCGGGAUGGUGAUGACUCACUUGAUGAUAAAGCCAAACGAAAUUCUCACUCUAGUAGAUUACUUCCAGCCAUUAUGUUAAAAGAUGUUACAUUUUCUCCGCCAAUGUGUGAAAAACCCUUAAUUGUGAACUUGACAAUGUCAUUUUCUGCUGGAGAAUCUAUUUUGAUAAUUGGUCACAGUGGGUAUGGUAAAUCUAGCCUAUUAAGAAUAUUGCGAGGACUUUGGCCUCACACUGAAGGAACAAUUCGAAAAUUUUAUCCACCCGGACCACAAGGAGUUCUUUAUUGUCCUCAAAAACCAUACCUUACUAUCGGUACCUUACGAGAUCAGGCAUGCUUUCCUCUAAAGUCAGGUUGUUCUAGUGCACAGGAGGACAACUUGAUUAUCCAUUACUUAAGUUUGCUCAAGUUGAAGUCUCUGUUGGAACGAGUUGGGGGACUGGACGUUGUGGUUUCUUGGAAUUUAUUGGAUAGUCUUUCGCCUGGAGAAAUGCAACGUCUCAGCUUCGUUAGGAUAUUCUUCCAUCGUCCCCUUAUUGCAAUUCUUGAUGAAGCAACAAGUGCCUUGCCAUUAGAAAUGGAGAGCUUAAUUUACUUGGAGUGCCAAAGACUGGGCAUUACAACCAUCAGCGUUGGCCAUAGAGCUUCCCUUCGACAAUUUCAUGAUAAAUUACUUACCAUCGCCCGAAAUGGUGGAUGGACGUUAGAGCCAAUAGUUCCUAUAUAAAAAAUAUAUAUAAUAGCGAAAUUUAAUUUGCAUUCUUAUUAGUCCUUCAAAUGCUGUCUCAUAAGUAUUAUGACAUGAAUUUUAUUGAAAUAUUAUGACUGAGACAAGCUAGUUUUAAAAUAAAGUUUAAUUUAUUCAAAAUA